AUGCCGAGCUGGAGGCCGCUGCCGCGCAUCGCGUUCGCCAUCUGCACAUAUCCCUUCCAGCCGUCGUCGACGGCGGACCUGCCGCUGGAAAUUGGCGAUGAGCUGUACAUCAUCGAACAGGGAGGGAGGGACGGGUCGUGGUACCGCGGCUAUCUGGUUGCGCCGCCCUCACUGCUGGCCGGCCUCACGAGCGUCAAGGGCCAGACGCUAGAGGCGCGCGUCUUCUCGGGCAUCUUCCCGCGCAGCUGCGUCGAGGUGCGCGAGGUGCUGGGCGAGGGGAGAAAGAGCGACGCCGCCAACGAGGCAGGCGCGCAGGGGACCACGGCCGACAGCCACGAGAAGGGCCCCAACGGCGUCGUGACGCCCACCGAGAGCACCCGCACCACCUCCCCGAACGCAAAGACGAGGGCGUCCAAGAGCGAUGCCGUCUCCGCCCUGUCCUCGUCCACGGCGCGUCCGCUCGAGCGCCGCCGCUCCAACAGGAAGCGCGCCGGCUCGCACGCGUCGCAGUGGACCGCCCGCGAAGAGCACCUCCAGCAGCUGAUGCUGCCGCUGUCGCCCAUCUCAGACCCCAAUGCCCCGCGCCCGCCCGCGCCCGUGCCCAUGCUGAAGAUUGGCGACGAGACGCCCACCUCUGCCCAAGAGCCCCUGGUCGACGAGAUCGCCUCGUGUCUGCGCGAAUGGCACUCGACCAAGGUGCACGAGCUGCUGCUGGUGCGCAAAUAUGGCUCGCUGGACAAGAUGUCCGCCCUCGUAACCCGUCUGGACACCGCCCGGCGGCAGCUGCUGCACAAGGUGCUGACCGCAAAAGAGCUGGAAAAGGUGCGCGAGGCCACCGUAUGGGACCUGGUGGCGGGCAACAAGAUGCUGAGCGGAGACGUCAUCGUGCGGAACCCCUCGCAACGCGGACGCAUAUUGACGGGCGACGACUCGGCCAUUGAGAUCACGAAACUGCAGUCCAUGAUGAGCCUGCUGGAGAGCCGCCCGACCCCCCAAAUUGACGAGCACAACUUACACCACCUGUAUGUGAGCUUGCGACACGCACAAGGCGACGUUGUGCUCGGCGCUGCCCAAGUCAGCAUGCAUCUGUGCCUGAAGGCGCCUGGUGCACAACCGCAACCGCUAUCUGAAGCAUACUCCUUCGACUUGACCACGCGAGACGGCUCGCCUGUGCCGCUAGCCGGGGACAAGCUACGCUCGCUGUUAGUAGACCUCAGCUCGACGGAUAUUGGAGAAGGCGCAGGUUCUGGUUCCACGCUGUACCUCAUCUUCAAGCUCAUGACCAACGAAUCGCUACGUGCACAGACAGCCAGCGAGAAGAUGGGCGUUCAAAAAGACGCCACAACCACCAAUGGUUCUGACAUACAGCGCUCGAAUAUCGGAAGCGUCAAGGGCGGCAGACGGAGCGUCAUGUUUGGCUCCAAACGGAAAGAGUCGGCCAGCCCCCAAACCACCAAUUCAUCUUCCAGUCCGCGCCUAAACAGCUCGGACCUCAUCAGGUCGCAGGGCUCAGACGACCGCCCAGAAUCCGCAGCCACAAGAUCAAGAGCCCUGUCCAAAGAUCAUAAGACGAUAAAGCGAGUCAACGCCGUUGGCGUGCUCAAUGUGAACCAGAUCAUGCGUAGCGAAGCCGAGAUUGACCAGACAGUGACCAUGUGGACAACAGCAACGCAAUCUGACGAAACACUAAAAGACGACGCCGGCUGGGACAGUCUGUUAGCAGAAGUGUACCCCAGCCCGAGCGGCAAAUACACGCAAAACGCGCCUAUCAGCCAGAUUACUGUUCACUUGAAAGCAUUUGUCCACCCCGAUGCCGAACGACUCAUUGAAAAGACACCUACCCUACUCCACAAUGUCAAACCCACGCGGAAAAUCGGGUUUUCAGGAGCACCAACAAAACCUAGAAGCGACAUCUACCUAACUCUCGCCGAGCCUUUCCUGCCGAAGAACGCAUUUCUUGCUCACCCAAAGACUGGGACUGUACCACUAGUCCAGUCAUCUGCAAUGACUAACUUGCAGCUCACCAUCGAGGUGCGAAAGAGCUCCGGUGAACGUAUUGAUGGUUGUAUAUAUCCUUCAGCCAACAGUGCCGGACAUACAGCUUGGCGCACAACCGCAGUGGAGCGAGGUCAAGGCUGGAAUUCCACCAUUCGACUCGCAAUUGACCCUCAAGACGUCCCCGGAUCGCAUCUUGUCAUGAGCGUUGCAGAUGCGCCAGGGUUCCCAUUCGCGCUCUGUUGGAUGCCGCUCUGGAAUCAGGACGCGUUCAUACGCGACGGAGACCACGCAUUAACUCUGUACCGCUAUGACGAAUACACGUCAGGCAUGAUUGCUGGCAAAGGAGCCUAUCUUGGUCUUCCAUGGAGCGCCAGGAGAAAAGAUGAGCACGUCAUGGGUCCGAUGGCGGCUGUACAUCUCAAAACAUUCCUCUGCAGCACAAAAUAUUCCCAAGAUCCAACUAUCCUGGGUCUCGUCAAGUGGCAAGAUCAGCCAGCCGGCGAGCUUGUAGCUCUUCUGCGGCGGUUCAACUUUGUGCCUGAGAUCGAGAUCGUCAAGCUGCUCGACGUAGUCUUUGAUGCACUCUUCGCAAUUCAGAGUCACUAUGCUGGAAGCGAUGAGUACGAGGACCUCGUCUUCAACGCUCUUGUCAUAGUUUUUGGCAUCGUCUAUGAUCGCAGGUUCAAUCUCGAGCCUCUGGUGGACCAAUAUGCCCGAACGAAAGUCUUUCACUCUCUUGUCACAUCAUGCCUGAUGCAGAGCUAUGGCCGGUUGCUUGCCAAACCUGCUGAUCCAGAGUGCUCGCGUCGAUUACGGGCUACCUUCAAGGUCGGCAAGCUCAUCAUGAAAUUCUUGGUCAAUGCCCGUGAAAAACAGAGAGCGAAAGAGGAGAGCAUCGGCAUCAAGGACCGUGUCCAGUUCACUCGGGAGAUGAAGGUCCUUUUUACUUCUUUUGAGGCAUUGAUGAAGAGCAAAUCGCCCGUAGUCAUCGGCACCAAGACUCUUCUAGUGCAGAACUUUCAUUCGUGGCUGCCAGAGUUGGACGGUUGCAUGCCCGCACUGGACGUCUUCAAGCUAGCCGAAAGUUUCAUCGAGUCGUGUGCAGAUGUACAGGGCAAACUAAUCCUCUACAAGCUCCUGCUGAUCCACCAUAUCUCGGACCUUCAGAUCUUUCGUACCCCAGAGGUUCGACGUCUCCUUCUAAGCAAGACGGCAAAAUGGCUAGCCCCGUACUGGGGUAAAGUAGAGCAAGUCACUGAUCAGUGGAAGGAGCAGGUAGAAGAGCUUGGACAAGAAACCUGCGACUACAUGGAAAAGCUGGUGAACUCGUACCGCGCGAUACAAGCAACACCUCGACCAGCGAAGAAAACCCUGUCACUUUUGUUCCCAACCACGUACCCGUUCCAAUCUCGGCCAGUCGCGGUCGCCUCGACAUUCGACGAGGCGUUGGCGGAAAUAUCUGCCAUCCUUGCUGCCAUGUCGAACUCGCCAGCACUGAUGCAUCUCGACAAGACCAGGGAGGAUGCACCGGAAUUCCUGUUUUCCGUAUUGCAAGUCUACAUCUCCAUUCUUGACUGCGAGGCCUAUCCAAGCUCGUGGUUGAGCGUACAUAUCUACCACCACAAGGCUACUAUGCGCGCCCUGGAGAAGUUGUUUAACAUUCUUGUCGAUUCUUUCCUCCCUCUACCCGACGAAGCCGAUAAUUUCAAUACGGAGCUCUGGCGAGCAUUCUUCGAUGCCCUGUUGAAGCUUGUCGGAAGCGACGCACUCGCAUUGGAAACCUUUCCAGAACAGAAGCGACGUGCAGUCUGGAAGAUCGCAGGUGACGUUCGUGAGCACGGUGCGGAUCUGCUGCAGCGAAGUUGGGAAGCGAUAGGCUGGGAAACAAGCGCAGAAGACAAGACUCGAUAUGGGCUCGAUAAGAUGGGCGGUUUCCAGGUGCAAUACGUACCGGGCCUUGUUGCUCCGAUCGUGGAACUGUGUCUUAGUGUCCACGAAGGGUUGCGUAGUGUCGCAAUUGAAGUACUACAGACGAUGAUACUUAGCGAGUGGACAUUGAGUGAGGAUCUUUCACUCAUUCAGGCUGAAAUGAUUGAUUGCCUGGAUCAUUUGUUCAAGACUAAACACUUGACUGAGGCUGUCUUGCAAAAGCACUUCAUACAAGAGCUCGUAGAGCUGUUCGAGCCUCUGGCCCAGGAUCCCGAAGAGCCGAUCCUCGCAGCACUGAAAACACUCAUCGCCACUAUUGAUGAACUGCUGGAUCUCCUUGUAGCUGUGCAUAGCACCGAAGCAGCUGGCGAGAUCUUCCACAUCAUGGACACGCUUCACCUCAUGGAGUUUUUGAAGGACAUGCAAAAGGAGGACAUCUAUAUCCGCUACGUGCAUCAGCUGGUAGAGCUCCAAGCAGACGCACAAAACUUUACCGAGGCAGGUCUCGCUCUUCGUUUGCAUGCCGAAUUAUACGAAUGGAACCCGAACAGCACCGUGGAUCCUCUGACUGAUCCGAGUUUCCCACCCCAAACGGCGUUCGAGCGUAAGGAGCAACUGUACUUCCAGAUGAUCGAACACUACGAGAGCGGACAGUCAUGGAACAACGCAUUGGCAGCGUACACGGAGCUUGCGGCCCAAUACGAGCAUAACAUAUUUGACUUUGCCAAGCUAGCCCGGACGCAGCAUGCCAUGGCCAAGAUCCACGAGGCUAUUGCAAAAGGCGAACGCGCCAACCCACGAUACUUCAGGGUUGUGUACAAGGGUCUAGGGUUCCCUCCCGGACUGCGCGACAAGCAAUACAUAUUCGAAGGCUCUGCAACAGAUCGACUUGCCUCCUUUACUGAUCGCAUGCAGCAACAGCAUCCGGCAGCGCAAGUCCUCAACCCUGGCGCUGAGCAAGAUGUGGAAGGCCAGUACCUGCAGAUCUUCCCCGUCAGCCCACAGAAGGACCUCGCACAUCCGAUCUUCCAGCGGGCAAAGGUUUCGCAAUCCGUCAAAGACUUCUAUCUGCUGUCACGGCCAUCUCAUUUCACUUCUGCAUCGCGCCGAGCACCAUCCAAUGCGAAUAGCAAGGAGCCAACAGUUGAAAAGACUGUCUACACAACUGCCGAAGCAUUUCCCACAAUACUGAGACGAACGGAGAUUGUAGCUGUCGGCAAUGUUACCCUCACGCCUCUUCAGGCCGCCAUUGAACGCACGUCACGAAAGACUGUUGAGCUCGGUGCCAUAGAGAAGAGAAUCGUCGACGGAGAUGAUAGUGUCUUCAAUAGUCUUACGCAAGAACUGAUCGCCGCUCAAUAUGGCACCAAUGAUGCGUUCGCCAACAGGGUCGUGGAUAGCCACAACAGCGUCACGUUCGCAUCUGCCCGUCAAGACAAGAAACGCCUCAGCCUCGCAUUCCUCACCAAAGGUGUUCUGAUGGGCGAGUCGGACAAGGACAAGGACAAGGACAAAGACAAAGACGUCAAGCCGGCCGACGACGAUAACAACGACGCAUCUUCCAUCUCCACUUCGACGCGCAGCCCCAGCAAAGAAGUCAGCCGGCACCGCCUCAGUCUUAGUUUUCUGAAUCACGCAACCACCCCUGUGACGCCCAGUUCACCGGCGCCCGAAGCUUUGCCUGCGUUCCAGAACAUGAGUCAGACGAGUCUGGGACGAACUCCCAGUACGACUAAACGACCAGAGACAGGCGGCAGCAAAAGUCUGAAGAGCGAGAGCAGUGGCGGAAAUAUGAAGGGAAGCAUGAAGAAAAGGCUCAGCUUCAUGACGAUUGGCAAGAAACGCAGUAGGAGUAGUGUCAGGCCCAAGCAGCAGGACACUUUGAUGGAGGAGUAG